CAUUUUCUAACAACAAUAACACCGCGCAUUUUUCCCGAGAAAGUGAUGGAAAAAAACAUUCUUCAAUAAUAAAUUCUUAAGGAAAAAAAAAAGUGAAAGUGUAAGGGAGGGAAAAUGGAAACUGAUAGAAAAAUGGAGGAAUUAGGAGGCAAUAAGAGAUUGAGUGAAACCCCUCCCGAUGAUGAUUGUUGCCCAAUUUGCUUUGGCCCCUUCACUGUUCCUUGUCGAUCUAAUUGCGGCCAUUGGUAUUGCGGCAGUUGUAUUUUGCAAUUCUGGAACUAUUCCUCAGCGUCAAAGCCAUGUGGGUGUCCCAUGUGUACCUGCAUGAUUGUUAAUUUGAUGCCAGAGGCAUCAUUGGAACAACAGCCACAGAACCAAGAAGUUGCUGAGGUGCUUAAAAGUGUACGGAGGUAUAACCUCCUCUUUCUUGGAGGUGCACGUGGAUUCAUUCAGAAAGUGCGUGAGUUACCAUUCUUCAUCAAGAGAAUCUUCCAGGGAUUGAUGGAUCCUGAUACAAAUGAUACAUAUAUUGCCGAGAUACGCCUUUUUGCAAUGUUGCUAAGUAUCAUCUACAGAGCCACACCAUUAGAUUUUAUUCCAACAGGGGGGAUAGGAAUCGGAAGGGUGUUUGAUUGUUCGGCGAUUAUUCUCAUACUCAUCCUACGUCUGGUUGGUAUCUAUCGCAGACGACGACUUAUGCAGCGUAAACCAAAGAUGGCUCCGACCAAGAACGUCCGUACAAUCUCACAAGAGGCCUUCGACGAGUUAGUGAAAGAGAACAUAGAUGACCUCGGGAUGGAUCCCGCCGAAGCUCUAGAAGACGCCAUCCAAACACUCUCCCUUCAAGGCGUCGAUCUUUCUGGGAUCGUGAAGUGUGUUCCUGGAGAAGGCGGCAUCAAGGACCAUCCGGCGAUGCAAUGCUUGGAUAAGCUGAAGCAACUGAAUGCUGAUUCGAAGGAUCAAUUCGGCGGCCAAGAUUUAGUCCAAAUCACUGCCUUGCUUAAUGACCUAAGUGAAUUAUGUAUUUCUAAUAAAGAAGAUUCGGGGAAUGCAGCGAUUGUUGCUAAAAACGGCGGUAUCGAAUUGGUUUGUUUGAUCUGUAGUAAAAUUCCAACUAAAUCAAGGCAGUGUCUAGUUUCUUGUUUUAAGGCAAUGGCAUCAUUGCUUACAGAUGUUCAAAGUACGGAGAGUUUUAGGGCAAGUGGAGGACCGAAGAUUGUGGUUGGUAUUCUUAGUGAUGGGAUUCGAGAUUUGGAUAUUUUGAAAUCAGGUUUCACUGUUGUUGCUGCGGCUGCAAGCGGUAAUGAAGUUGUUAAACAAUCAUUAAUGGACUUACGAGUCGAUGAGCUGAUUCUACAAGUUUUGAGUGGACAAACUCAGGGAAGCAUUCAAAGUUUGUAUGAUGCUAUACGUGUUUUGUUAACCUCCGAUGAUAAUCGGGUUGUUGCUUCCGAAGUUUAUGGUUAUGCACGAAGAUUUGCGAAAAUUGGAAUUGCAAAAGCUCUUGUGGAAUCUCUUCAUGGGGGGAUUAGUUCACCUAGUCUUGUUUCCGCUAGCAUAGCACUAAAAGCCGUUGCUGUCAAUGAUGAAAUAUGUAAGUCCAUUGCCGAUGCUGGUGGUAUCGAUGUGCUUCUUAAGUGUGUUGAUGAUAGUGGUGAACAACGCAACAAAACUGUAGCUAGAACUUGUUGUUCAUUGUUAUCCAAGUUGGCAGGAAGUGACUCAAAUAAGAGUGCUAUAGUCGAAAAAGGAGGUAUGGACAAGCUGAUCAAAUUAUCGGCUAGAUUUUCUGAUGAUCCAUCUGUGCUGCAAGAGGUCAUGGCCAUCAUUUCUGUACUCUGCUUGAGAUCACCCGACAAUGCAACUCGUGCCGUUGAAGCUGGAGCAGGUGAUCUUGCUAUUCAAGCCAUGCAGAAGUUCCCUGCUGCUCAGCCGAUGCAAAGAAGUUCCUGUCUCAUGAUUCGGAAUCUUGUUGUUAGGAACCCGGAAAACAGAAUGCUUCUGCUGAAUAACGGUAUUGACAAGUUUAUCCGUAAGGCGAAGGAAAAUCAUGAAAGCUGCAAAGAUGCUGCCACCGAUGCGCUAAGAGAUUUGGGGCUUGAUAACUAUAACUCAUAAUUAAGAACUAUUAGGGGACCUGUUCUCUUUUUUGUGUGUGGUUAUUUUUGGGGUUUUCAUUCUUCAUUUUCAAUUUUGCAUUUUGGAGAAUCAAAACUGUUUUUAGUGUUCCUUGAUGAAGUUAAUUUCCUUUAA